AUGUCUAAUACACUAUCAACAACAACAACAACAACAAAGAAAGAAAAAAAUGAAGAACAAGUUGAACUUGAACAACAAUUUGUUCUUCGAAUGCCACCCGGUGAUUUUGCAACACGAUUAAGUGAAUUAAUUGAAUCAGGCGAUGAAAAAAUUCGUGAACGUCUUUUUAUUGAUGUAAAUCCUGAAACAAGACGUGGUCGUGUAAGAUUCGAUGAUACUAUUUUUAAAGCUACACUUUAUGAUUUACCUUGUGUGACAGAAUCAUAUAAAACAUUUGAUAGAAAAACUUUAUAUAAAAUUGCUGAUAUUGCUCAAGUUCUUAUUUGUCGAUUACCUGGAGAUCUUAGUUCAAGUGAUGAUGAUGAUGAUGAAGAUGAAGCAAUGAAACGAUCAAAUAAUAAUGCAACAACAUCUGAUGGGGGAAAUGAGAAGAAAAAGAAAGAAAAAGAUAAAGAAAAAAAAUAUCAAUGGCCACAUGGAUUAACACCACCAUUGAAAAAUGUACGUAAACGACGUUUUCGUAAAGUUGCUCGACAAAAAACUCAAGAUCAUGAUGAAAUUGAGAAAGAAGUACGACGUUUAUUUCGAGCUGAUAAUGAAGCAAUUGAUGUUAAAUGGGAAGUUAUUGAUGAUGAUCAAGAAGUUGAAGUUCAUAAACAAAUAGAUAAAGAUCCAUUUGAACAUAAUGAUCUAUUUGGUGGUGCUGUUAGUGAAUCAGAUGAAGAAGAAACAUCACAGAAAGAUAUAUCCAGUCAUCAUCGCCACCAUCAUCAUCAUCAUACUUCAAAUUCUGUUGAUCAACGAAUGGAUUUCGAUGGUUUAUUUAGUGGUGAUAUGGGUGAAUUAAGUAAUAUGGAUACAACAUCUCAAGUAAAUCCAAUUGAAGAUGAUAAUAUCGAUCAAUCUCAAUGGACACAACAAGAUGAUUUAAAUCUUGAUGAUAAUACUACAAAUGAUGGCCUAUCUGAUGAAAUACGAACAAAAUUAGAAGAACGUCAAAAUGAAUUAGAUCGUUUACAAAACGAAAAAAGUAAUCUUGAUAAUCAAUUAGCGCAAAUGACAAAUGCUGCACUUCGAAAUGUUUUAUUAACAAAAAUAAAUUCAAUUGAAACCGAAAUAGAACGUGCACAACUUGAGUAUGAACACUUAUUAAAUAUGUAA